AUGAGUCGAUAUCGAUCCGACAGCUCGGAUGACAAUCGCGGACGAUCCACGGCUCGUUCUACAAGCGAUGGCUUGUCAGCUUUCUAUAGGGAACGUUUUGGUAGUCAUUCUCCGGAGGAAUACAUGAAUUUGCGGAUAUCAGGGUUCGAUGACAAGUUAGAGCGAGAUGAGAUAAAGGAAAUCCUCACCAACGAGUUUCGGAAAUUCGCUCCAUUUGAGAUCAAAGUUGUGCGCAACCCAGGUGAUGACGAAAGGUUGGCCUAUGUUAAUUUCGAGCGAAGGGAUUGUGCUAGAAAAAUACGAUACACAGUGAUGGAUCGUUUGAGGAAGACACUAGGUCGACGCAUUCUUUGUGAUCCUGCCGGUAUUUUGCGUGACCAAGAGGGAAAGUAUAUCCCCGACCGUUUCAACCGUGCUCUUCAGAGUGAAAGAAAUGGACGCCGUUCACCGGAUCGUAGGACACGCCCUAAAGAGCCUCCACAGUGGAGGUUGAAGGAAGAUGAUGCGGAUGCUACUAGAACACUUUUCGUUGGAAACAUGCCUUCCGAUAUUAGGGAAUAUGAGAUACGCAAAGUCUUUGAGCGCUAUGGAAAAAUUGAAGAUAUAGACAUAAAAACUCCAGCAAAUACCGAUGCAGCAUAUGCUUUCGUCAUGUUUCAGACACUAGAGCAAGCAAUGGAAGCAAAACACGGCGAACACGACAGAGCAAUACGACCAGGUUCCGUACGUUGUAAAAUUGGCUAUGGAAAAAGUCAAACCUCACGUCGCCUUUGGGUGGGUGGCCUUGGGUCGUGGACUAAUGCGGACGCACUUGCAAAGGAGUUUGAUCGUUAUGGUCCAAUUGAAAAACUCGAAUAUGAAGAUGGAGCGGAGUUUGCAUAUAUUCGCUUCGCUGACACCAAUGCAGCAACAGAUGCUUGCAGGGCAAUGAAAAAUUUCCCGCUGGAAAUCAUUUGUGACGCACAGAGUGUUCUUGGUCGAAAGAGACGAGCAACAAAAUCUCCUCCUGGUGGACCAAGAACCCCUCCUGGGUCUCCGAAACCUAUUGUGAAAACAUAUGAAGAUCUUGAUGAAGAGUAUGCAACAACAUGGCAAGGACAGGUGUUGUUGAAGAAAACGGAAUAUAAUAUCAAGUUGUAUAGAAUAGGAGGAACUGAAAGAUUGAUUCAGAAAUUACUGCGUGAUGAAGAUGGCAAUGCAGUCAAGUUACAUGUGACACAAAGGUUGGCUUUAUCAGGUCAGGAUGGGCUUUUGGAAAGACUAGUGAAUUCUUCUCGUAAGCAGCUUAGUUUAAUGAUAGCAGUUGGAAAACAGCUGGAUGAUAUCCGACCAUUAGUACGAUAUCUUACGGAAAAGGAUGCUGCUGGUGUUGUAACGGUAUCUGGUGGACUUCUAUAUGUAUUUCCACACAGCGACAUGUCAACGAAGCUAAUUAAUCAUUUUGCACCGACAGUUCGAAUAAUGUCAGAAGGCUGUCCAUUCCUAUUCUUCGUUCUUGGACUGAAAACAUCGUCUGCCGGUCCAUCGCCCGAACGUUAA